UGGAUGACGGAGCUCAAUCACCCGGCGGAGACCCUGGGCAAGGAUUACCCAACUCGAAUGUGCCUGUUUGGUUGUUGGGGGCUGUUUUCUUUUCUUCUUCUUUUUUGCCCCUUCCUAUCGCUAUCGUGCAAAUCAUCCUUCUUCUUACAUGUACAGUACCAAGAGUACCCCCAGGCUUUCGACUUUCGAGGUGGCUAGCAGCAAGCACAGCGCAUUGCAUGUAGCAUAGAGUGGCAGCUAGUCCGGAUACAGCUAGACCUGACUGCUGUACCCAUGCCGCUGUUCCCUGCCACAGCACGCGAUGGGAAGGAACUUCGCGGCUUGACAGUGCUGGAAGCCCCUGCUAAGAUGAGCCUUGCCGCCCUAACACCUCCACUACGAAUUUUACUACGGCUAGCUGAAGGUUUGCUUGAGCGUGAUAAAAUUCGAGAGGGAGAAAACAAAAAUUUGACUUGGCCAAGUUGCAUCCCGUCCCAAGCUAAAGUACCGGAGAAUGGAAAUGCGCCUCGGGCCCUCCGAACUCAUCCGUAUUUCGUAUGUUUUGGUCUCGCGGGCAAGCUUUUGCCCUUCGGUACCAAUGAUUUUCUACAUCGAGUUGUUGAUGAACAAAGUGAAAUAAAUCAAAAAAGGAAAUCAUCAACGAAUAUCAAGCCCGGUUUGGGUAAACUGGUCGGGUGA